GGAGGACGUGUGGUGGGGCGGCGAUGGGCGCCUCAGCAGUCCCUAGCACGUAGACGCCGAACUCAGCAUAAGCGAGAAGACGAGAGGCAGGAGCGUGAGGCUUCUACCCGUGGCGAGGAGACGAGAGACAGGAACGAGCGCAAGGCUCGUGCAGCCUAUUACGAGGCUAUUAUUAGACCCCUCAAUAAUUCUAUGGCUCAGAAACCGGUAAAUACAAGGCUCUGAGUACGAUAAUCCGGCAAAGGUGAGCACUUCCCUUCCUCGCCCUGCAGCUGGAGGCUAUGGCCGGGAAGUGACGCGGCCCCGCUGCACCUGCUGGCACCACCCGGCGACCCAGGAGAGCCAAGGUUGUGUAUGCCUUUCAAACUGGAGCCAUCACAAAUUAUUAUCAAGAGUGGCCCCUAAACACUCACAAAGAUUCAAGAAUAUACUUGUACUUCAAAGAAGAGCACUGGGUUUAUUCAGAAACUGCUUUGUGUUGAAAAUGCAAUGAAUUUGUAAAAAAAUGAAAUUGGGCAUAAUGAGAGAAUUUAAGCAUUGUCAUGACUGUGUUGAAUCUAAACAUUAAGUGGAUGAUGUAACGGCCACUAGCGCUCCCACUGUUUUCUCAUUGUAGUGAAUAAUGUUGCCUGGAAGGACUUCAGGCUUAUCACUGUAAAUGUGAAUGUCCUGAGUGCUAUAAUCUAUUGUGCUGUUCUUCUCAGACAACAGGAAAAUGUUGCCUGUUACCAUAGACGUAGAAGAUACCAAGCCACUGUCUCCUGUGAGUCGAACGAAGCUCAGGGAACUAGUGGCCAGUGUGGUCCGUCUUAUUCUCUCUGACACAGACUCUCGCAACCUUUUCUUCUUCCUCCUUCUCAACCUUACAUUUGGCUUUGUUGAACUAUUCUAUGGAAUAUGGACCAAUAGCCUGGGACUCAUUUCAGAUGCUUUCCACAUGUUCUUUGACUGUUCUGGGUUACUAGUGGGUCUGGCAGCCAAGGUCAUAACCAAAUGGCGGGCAAAUGAGCAUUACACUUAUGGAUAUGUUAGGGCAGAGAUCCUUGGAGGUUUCAUCAAUGGUCUGUUGCUGUUGUUUGUCUCUUUCUUCAUCUUUGCUGAGAGUGUGGAGCGCCUCAUUGAGCCUCCAGAGGUUAAGCAUGAACGUCUUUUUGUGGUGUCUGUUCUGGGCUUCUUUGUCAACCUCGUUGGAAUCUUUGCAUUCCAACAUGGUGGAGGCCAUGGCCAUUCUCAUGGGGGCCAUGGUCAUUCCCAUGGAGAUAGUCACCAUGGACAUGCCCACAAUGGCCAUGCACACCAUGGUCAUUCUCAUGGAGGGGGUGAACAGUCCCAGAUCAUGCAGGGGGUAUACCUGCAUAUCUUGGCAGAUACACUAGGCUCAGUUGGGGUCAUAGUAUCAUCCAUCCUCAUGUACUUCUUUGGAUGGAUGAUUGCAGACCCCAUCUGCUCACUGUUUAUAGCUGUGCUGAUUCUAGUCAGUGUGCUAGGCCUCCUCCGUAAUUCAGUAGAGAUCCUGAUGCAAAGGCAACCCAGAGAGCUGGACAAUCUUCUACCAAACUGUUUCUACAAAGUGCGGGCAUUACCAGGAGUGUUCAGUGUCCAGGAAACCCACUUUUGGACAUUGUGUUCAGGCCAGUAUGUAGGCAAUGUGAAGGUGGAGGUGUCUGGUGCUGCAGACCCACGGUACUUGGUGCAGCAGACUCGAGCUAUCUUCUCUUCAGUGGGAGUGACGCAGCUCUACAUACAGCUGGACUACACCACAAUGUAGCACUAGGCAUAGGUUGUAACAAAUAUUUAUAAAUUAUCAUUGCAUAAAUUAUUUUCCUUCAUCCACUUGAGUUUUAUCUAAAGACUUCAUAUACAAACCUCUAUCAAAUCCUUGUCACUUAAGUGUUUAUUAAGACAUGUGUCUUGGAAUAUAAUGAUUUUAAUAUCAAGAUUUGCUGGACAAAUUUUUGUAAGUGGACCAAUAAACAUAUGGUAGGGGUGCAAGUCUUGCCUUAUUAUAUUUUGUGUGCCUCUGUGUUGCUCUCUUUUCAAUGACCAUCCUUCCAUAUUCUAUGCUAUUUCCUAGACUGCUUCUUUACAAUUCAUUGAUCAUUAGUAGCCUCUUUUUAUUAUUUCAUUAAGGACAAGAUUUUGUAAUGUGUAUCAUUACCACAGAAUCUCUUAAGGUCACAUGUAAUUUGAACUUGUAUUGCUUUAGUUUCAAAUUACUUACAAAUUACAUCUUCAUAACUGGAUUACUCAUCAGCACUUAGCAUUUCUUCUAGAUCUCUCAUGAAGUUAUAUGAGGAAACCUUUUUGAAGGUCCCCACUCAGGCUAUAACCAUUAUUCAUAUACCUAUGAAAGACUUGAUCACAGUUGAAGCCAUACUGUUUCUUUGUACACCCUGAAUGGAAUGUGUGAUAUUUUCAUUACUAAGAAAUUUAGGUAAAUUUUGUUGUUUCUGGUGACUUCCCUAUAUCUUCAAUUUCCUGCAGUAACCUAAUAAAUGUACUUAGGACAAUAUAAAUUUGAAAAUCUUAGUGAAAUAGAAAAAUAUAUUUUUAUAGCAUCUACACUGAGAAUACAUCUUGAGACAUUUGAUGACCUUACAUACUAGAUAUGAAAAAAAUGUUUGUAUGCUAGGAUUAUAUUUGCAUCCUUAUUAAUUAAAACUGCUAGCAUGACAAUGGCAACAAAAGAACGAGUUAAAACUUUUAGCAAAACAAUGGCAACAAAAAAUUGGUAUUAAUUUUGGAUUUUUUGGAUUCAUAGAUCAUCUUUAACAUCAAAGUUUUAUAAUUUCCACCCUGCCUUAAUAUUAUAUAUAUAUAUAUAUAUAUAUAUAUAUAUAUAUAUAUAUAUAUAUAUAUAUAUAUAUAUAUAUAUAUAUAUAUAUAUAUAUAUAUAUAUAUAUAUAUAUAUAUAUAUUCUCUAGAGUCAAUGCAACAUUUUUUUUUUUCAUCAUUUAAUAAUAACCCCUGGUUUUCAUUAUCAGGCAUGCCAUGCAACAAUUUUAUGUAAAGGCUAGGUGCAUCAGACUGUUUUGGUCCAUUUCUGGAUUCUACAUUCCCUUUUGCUGAAACUUUAGGCAGGAAUUAAUGCAAGGAAAUAAUCAUGAACAAUGAACCAAUUAUUGUUUUAGUAAAAUUUGGGAUAUCUUAACAAGUAGUGAAAACUAAUUAUACAGUACAGCAAACACACUAUAAAUCAGACCAUUAUAUUUUGGAUAUUGGAUAAAUUGAACUCAGUCAGGGCUCUGGACACACUGUAAAUUGGACCAAAAUUUGGGAUAUACAGUGCAUGUCCAGACAGCAUCAGGAUGGAUGUUGUAAAUCAGUCAAAAUUCUGGUUUAUAGCUAGGAAUUUGGCACGAGUCCGUACCGUGUCACUUCAAAUCAACGGCUGCCUGUGUCUCGGGGCCCCUUCUGAACCCUCAUUGAUGUAGGGCAAGAGGAAUGCUGCCACUCAUUGGUUAUUUUAAUUAUCUAUCAUAUAGACACAUGGAAAAACUAAUGGGGAGCCUAUGCCCUGUGGCGCAUCGCUUCACUCACUUGCUGCCACCACUCCCGACAGUCCCCCUGAGCAAGCUCCCACGCACCUAUUAUGUCCAUCUCAAGUCCUUCCUGGUAGGAUCUUGCCCCACCUAGGAGUUGCAUUGGCGUCCCCUCGGUCUCCCCCACUUAGGGUUGUCUCAUACAGAAACCACCCUAUAAGCAGGAUAGAUGCCUGGGAGGCAUACCACGUGCCCAUAUGGCUGAAGUUGACAUUCACGGAUUAAGCUGGUAAUGGGCCUUGACUCCGUUUCAUUGCACAGUUGCUGGUUCGACACUCCAGUGAUACCCCCAUGAUCCUGCAAAGGCACUUGGAAUUUAAGACAUCGACAUGCCUCUCCAAGUCACUAUUCAGUGUCCACGCCUCACAGUAAGACAGGGAGCACAAGCAACUUCAAUUCAAAUCUUUGUCCGCCUGCAUAGGUAUUGACAUUGGCAUAUGAUAUUGCUGAGCAAGUCCAUUACACUAUGGGCCAGGCCAGUUCAUCGAGUGACUUCCUGGUAAGACCCACCAUUGUUAUGCAUUACACUACCGAGGUAUGUGAAACUUUUGGUGACCGACAUUCUCACCACAUGCAUGAAUAGACUGAACUGUAUCAUCCAGUAAGCCUUGAAAUGACUGGACCUUGGUUUUGGUGCAGGAGCAGAGUAUAAAUUUUUAUUCAUAGGGCCCUGCUCUACUCCAGCUCCUCUGAAACAGCCUUGCCUGGGUACACGCAUUUUUUUAAAUUUGGCUAAUUCAUAUUUUAAGCUACUUUGGAUAAGGUCUCCCCCAAUUAGUCUGAUUUAUGGAGAGUUUACUGUAAAUAAUUUUAUAUGGGGCAAAAGAGAAAAUCUACAAUUCACUAGAUAUUGAUAUUUUUUCAAUCGGAAAAACUGUCUUCUUAAUUCAGAUUGCAACUUCAAUCUUGAUUCAGAGUUACCUGGGUCUACAGAAAACACCCAAGUGUCCAUUUGCCAAGUUUAUAACUGGUGGACUUUUUUUUUUUACCUGAAAAGGUAGUCUUCCAGCAUACUUGGCUUGUAGUCUUCAUUAAAAUGCUGUUAUCUCUAUGAAAAUGUUUAUUACAUGUAUUGAAAAAAAAUAUUAAAUGAUUGUAUGUUAAAUAAUGUCUGCUUGGUUAGUCAAUUUUUAUCAUUGUUCUAGACCACUUAAGGGACAUUCCUUUUUUAUGGUGAUGGUGCAGAGUUUAUAUUAAAAGUUUGUAAUUAA